GUGAGGAGAUUAGUCCAGGAGGGAGGAGGAAGAGGAGGUGAAAGUGUGAACAACUCGGCUCCUCCCGUUUCCUCUAGCCGCCCGCGGAGUCGCCCGCGAGUCAGAACGGCACCGAGCAGCGGGGCGAUCGCUUGAUAACUACCCGCCCGGACUCAAAACUCGGCUUCAACUUCCUUUUGGAAACAACAUGCUCUCGGCGGGACUGUGCGUGCCUCUGCUGGCCGCGGCGUGCUGUGCGCUGUGGCCGGCUGCGGUCCGGGCAGCGUCCUGCGAGCCGGUUCGGAUCCCACUGUGCCGGUCCAUGCCCUGGAACAUGACCAAGAUGCCGAACCACCUCCACCACAGCACGCAAGACAACGCCGUGCUGGCCAUCGAGCAAUUUGAAGGGCUGCUGGGUACCGGCUGCAGUCCGGACUUGCUCUUCUUCCUGUGUGCCAUGUACGCUCCCAUUUGUACCAUCGACUUCCAGCACGAACCCAUCAAGCCAUGCAAGGCAGUGUGCGAGCGCGCCAAGCAGGGCUGUGAGCCCGUCAUGAAGCGCUACAACCACAGCUGGCCCGACAGCCUGGCCUGCAGCGAGUUGCCGCUGUAUGACCGCGGCGUCUGCAUCUCACCCGAGGCCAUCGUCAAGGCUGAGGGACCAGAUCCAUACUACCAGGACCCAGCCAGGUGUAACCCAGAAUCCAGUCCAGACUUUCCAAUGGACUCCAACAACCUUCACUGCAGAGGACCCGAUCGCUGCAGAUGUAAGACAGUCAAAAUGGGUUUGAAAACCUACUUGAAGAACAACUACAACUAUGUGAUCCGGGCCAGGGUGAGGGAGGUGAGGAAUCGCGGCAUGGAGCCCACGGCAGUGGUGGAGGUGAAGGAAGUUCUCAAGUCUUCCCUGGUCAACAUUCCUAGGGAGACGCUGACUCUGUACUACUCGUCCUCCUGCCUGUGCCCCCCUGUGACGGCCGGGGAGGAGUACCUCAUCAUGGGCUAUGAAAAUGAGGAGACGUCCAGGUUGCUCCUGAUUGACGGCUCCAUCGCUCAGAAAUGGAAGGACAAGAUGGGCAGGAAGGUCAAGAGGUGGGAUCAGAUUCUGCAAGGAAAAGCCAGAGCAGCUCAUCGCCGAAGUCGCCACUGAGAUGGGAUUGUGUGUAUGUGUGUGUGUGUGUAGAUAUUGCACUAUGACAAGCUGUAGUAGCUGAAUGUAGUUCAUCUCUUCAUGUCAAACAUUUAUCUUUGCACAAACAUCAUUUAGUGUGCGCUGAGCGUGUGUGUUGUCAGUAAAUGUGCAUGGCUGUGUUUGUGUGUAUGUGUGUGUGUGUGUGAGUUGAGUUGAGAGUGGACGAAGCUUCUAACCUGAGUGCGUCAUCCAUGCUGACUUUGCAGUUCUCCCGCCAUUAAGGGAGGUUUUGUCACUUUUCACAGCGUUAGCAGUCAUCAGCGAGCUGACCUGAUCCAAAAAAAGACAAACAGUCUGAUUACACACGGCAUAAGUCCACAUGAUCACAAGUGUAAAUAGCACUAAUUCUUCUGUCUUCAGGAUACAGUUAACAUGUUUUAUUGGUUAAACCAGGGGUCUCCGAACUUUAUCCAACAAAAGACACAAACAGAAAAACUAAAGAAUGGACGGUCCACUUUGAUACAUUUUAUACACUAAUCCAAUGUACAGCAAUAUUUCUUAAGCAACAGUAUCUGAACAAAGCAUCCAUCCAAGCAAAUUUGUUUAAGAUAUAUCAUUAACAAUGAAUGAAUGUUAUUUUUACAAUAUGACAAGGGCCAUGAAAAAAAAAAAAGGCCUGCAGCUUUGGACACCCCGGGGUUAAACAAAGUAAAACUGCUGAUGCUGCUCAUGACUUGGACAACACAGUAAUUAUCUUUACCAGAUGAUGACAUAAUUUAAAUG